UGUGUUUCUGCUGCUGUCGACAGAUUCCUGAAUCUGGAUCAGGCCACGUCCUGUUUCUAGUUCUGCUGCUUCUGUGACGGAGUGAGGACAUGAGGACAUGAGGACAUGAGGCCAUUCAGGUGUGUGGUCUGAGCUGAGUUCACAUUAGGUCCAGCAGGACGGUGUCAUUCAGGAUGUCUGGUAAUUGGUCCAUCCUGAGAUUGUCAUCAAUGGCUCCACCCAGCAGUGGAAUAGCUCCUCCCCCUCCCAACACCACGCAGUAUACCCCGCUCUCAGACUGGGAGGCUCCCACUUUCACUCUGGCUGCUCAGUUCCGUGUCGGCGCCACCUUGCUCCUCUUCCUGUUUGCCGCCUGCAGUAAUCUGGCCCUAUUGGCCAGCGUGUGGUGUGGGCGGGGCCGGCGGCUGGCAUCUCAUUUGCGGCCUCUGAUGCUAAGCCUGGCGUCGGCUGACCUGAUGAUGACGUUUGUGGUGAUGCCUCUGGACGCAGCGUGGAACGUGACGGUGCAGUGGCUCGGAGGAGACGCGCUCUGUAAACUGCUCUGCUUCCUGAAGCUGUUUGCCAUGCAUAGCUCCGCCUUCAUCCUGGUGGUCAUCAGCCUGGACCGCCAGCACGCCAUCCUGCACCCACUGGACGCUCUGAGCGCUCGCCACAGGAACCGACGCAUGCUCCUGCUGGCCUGGAGCCUCAGUCUGCUGCUGGCAUCACCGCAGCUGUUUGUCUUCAGGACCGUCUCUGUGGACGGUGUGGACUUCACUCAGUGUGCGUCUCACGGCAGUUUUGGCAGUCGCUGGCAGGAAACUCUUUAUAACAUGUUUCACUUCACGUCUCUGUACGUGCUCCCCCUGCUGGUGAUGAGCUGCUGCUACAGUCGGAUCUUGCUGCACAUUCACCGUCAGCACCUGAGGGAGAGAGCCGGGGAGUCGUACCUGCGCCGCAGCGGCACCGACAUCAUCCCGAAGGCUCGGAUGAAGACUCUGAAGAUGACGGUGGUCAUCGUGCUGUCAUUCGUCGUGUGCUGGACGCCGUAUUACCUGCUGGGGAUCUGGUACUGGUUCCAGCCCGACAUGCUGCGGGUCACGCCCGAGUACGUUCACCACGCCCUCUUCCUGUUUGGGAACCUGAACACCUGCUGUGACCCUGUCAUCUACGGCUUCUACACGCCGUCCUUCAGAGCCGACCUCGCUGCCUGCUGCCGCCGCCACCGCCGCCACACGACCAGCAGCGUCCACGCCUCGCCACCGCGUCCACACCGCCAGAGAGGGUCAGAGUCUGAGCCCGCCCCCAACAACCAGACCGGACACUGACCGACUAGAGGACACUGACCGACCAGAGGAAACUGACCGACCAGAGGACAUUGACACUGACUGACCUGAGGACACUGACUGACCAGAGGACACUGACCGACCAGAGGACAGGAAACAGUUCAGAGGACAGGACAUAGAUCAGAGAUCAUUUGAUUCUUCUCUAUCUACAGAUUCCUCUGCUGUGAUUGGCUGUGACUCUGUGAUCAAUAAUGUUAUUAAUCAAUGAAUGAAGAGUGGAGACAGUUUCUACUCAGUUUAUUUGGUUUCAUGUGUCGACAAAAUCACCUUCAACAUCACAGACAUGAAAAAGACUGAAGUUCACUUCCUGUUUCACUUCCUGUUCUCUUUAAAGCUUUGAUGUGUUUUUGAGACACUCCUAAAAAUGCUAUGAGAAAAAUUAAAGCGUCACUUUUGUCAUUG